AUGGCGUCGACGGAGAAGGAGGACGAGGAACUGACGAUCCCUCGGGCGGCCAUGAAUAAGCUCAUCAAGGAACUCCUGCCAGACAUCCGGGUGGCCAACGACUCCCGCGAGCUCAUCCUCCAGUGCUGCUCCGAAUUCAUUCACUGCAUUACCACCGAAGCCAACACUAUCUGCGAGUCGCAGCAGAAGAAGACGAUGUCUGCGGAGCACGUGUUGAACGCUUUGGACAAACUCGGGUUCAGUCAAUACAAAUCAGAGGCACAAUCGGUGGUCAAUGACUGCAAACGCAAGCGAAGGCGUCAGAGCACACGACUCGAGCAC